GAGGCGGGUCGUAGCCCAGGUGCGUACGGCGGUUGAGCUGACGUGGCCCGAGCUGCGGGGUCAGGGCGGAGGGCGCUGGCUCCCCGCGCGGACAGGGGCAGAGCGAAGGCGGGAAGAGUGGGCCCGCCCCUCCGCAGCUCGGAAAGGGGCUUCUGCGGGCGCCCCGAGAGCGGCGCUGCGGGCCUGCGGGGCGGGGCGGGGCCCUCCGCUGCGGGGCGCUCGAGCGCCCCCUCCUGGGGGCGGGCGCGCUCGCCGCGGAGGCGGCUGUUGGAACCUGAUUGGCUGCCGCGGAUUUCCUAAAGCUCCUGGGGGACCCAGUCCCUUGGGGCGGGGCACCCCGGUUUGGUACUCCAGGGUCUCCCGUAUUGCUGGGCUUCUUCCCCGGUGGCCCAUGUCUCUCGCACGGGGUCAUGGAGACAUUGCAGCCACCGCAACGGCGCCUCUGUCUGAAGAAGGGGAAGUGACUUCCGGCCUCCAGGCUUUGGCGGUGGAGGAUACCGGAGGCCCCUCUGUCUCGGCCAGCAAGGCCGAGGAAGAGGGGGUAGAAGGCCAGGAGAAGGCCGAGCGUGAGGGGUCGGGGGCCGAGGAAGCCAAAGGAGACGGCUCCAGCGCGGGAAGGGAGGAGCAAGCCGAGGGAGACUCGGAGGACUGGUGCGUCCCCUGCAGCGAUGAGGAGGUGGAGCUGCCUACGGCUGGGCAGGCCUGGAUGCCUCCGCCCUCCGAAAUCCAGCGGCUCUAUGAGCUGCUAGCGGCUCACGGCACCCUGGAGCUUCAAGCGGAGAUCCUGCCCCGACGCCCGCCCACGCCCGAAGCUCAGAGUGAAGAGGAGAGAUCCGACGAGGAGCCGGAGGCCAAAGAAGAGCUAGAGGAAAAACCACACAUACCCACGGAAUUUGACUUUGACGAUGAACCAAUGACACCGAAGGACUCCCUAAUCGACCGGAGGCGCACCCCAGGGAGCUCAGCUCGGAGCCAGAAAAGGGAGGCCCGCUUGGACAAGGUCCUCUCGGACAUGAAGCGCCACAAGAAGCUGGAGGAACAGAUCCUUCGAACCGGGAGAGACCUCUUCAGUCUAGACUCAGAGGACCCCAGCCCAGCCAGCCCUCCGCUCCGGUCCUCGGGGAGUAAUCUCUUUCCCCGGCAGCGGAAAUACUGAAGUACUGAUUCUUGCUGCUGCUGAGGCAUUGUGCAGGGACUGACCUUGCUGGGGCCUGGGCGCCCUCCUAAGCGGACACUGGGAAACUUGGGAAGAAGAGGGAAAGCCAAGCUCGCAGCACAGCACCGUGCAGGAAAGAGUGUGUAUGUGUCUUCUGUUGAACAUCUUACUUUGAGACCUGGGUUAGGUUUUCUAAAAUAAAAGGUGCGGUCGCGCUUAAGUAGA